AUGCCACAAUUCAUCGCUGCAGUAGAAGAGGCUAUAAGUCAUGUAGCCUACGCUUUCAGUGACUUUUCAUACCUAGUACAACCCGUGCCCUUUGGCUCUGCACUUGAAAAGUACAUCAUAAAUGCACGUCGUAAUGUCUUUGAUCAAGUUGGCAAAGUUGAAGAAAAUGCCGUGGGUCAGGAGUUCAUUGAACGUGCUUAUGCUGCAGCCACAUGUGGUCAAUUUGUCACGUUAUUUGUAUCCUCACCUUCGACGUUACUGCAGAUGGUGCCUGUAAUGUACAAGCUCAGCAGAGCGCAAUUGCCUGCUGUCAUUCACGUCAUAGCACGUGAACACUCGGAUCUAAUGGCCGUACGUCAGACGGGUUUUGUCAUUUUGUACUCGCUCAACUCUAUAGAGACUGAGGAUAUGGCACUGCUGACGCAUGUCGCGUCAUUGCGUGCCAACGUUCCAUUUCUGCACGUCUAUGACGGUGAAAUGACUCACAAUGAUCUCGAGCAACAAGUCGCUGCGUCAUCCCACAAGCUCAAUACUCUUGUGAAUUACGAGUACUUGGCCAACCUCAUUGGCUUGAAAAAUGCCUCCGAAGCCCCUGCUUUCCGUCAACUCGUGCUAAGCAAGUCCAGUGUUGCAACCAACGCUGACGACGCUGAACUUUACUUUCAAGUCUCACCCGAGUGUAUCGCCAAAUACAACGCUGUCCCAGAGAUUAUCGAGGACGUCAUACAGCAGGUCUUUACUAAAAAGAACUAUCAGCUUUUUGAAUACUUUGGUCACCCUGAGGCGAAGCAAGUGCUUGUGGUCAUGGGAACAGCCUCGAGCGUUGUCAAAGACGCGGUGGAAGCGCUGUAUACAAACUGGAAGGCGGAGAUCGGUGUCAUUUCUGUGCGUUUGUUUCGUCCGUGGUCAACCAAGUCUUUCCUGAACGUUGUCCCAGCCACAGCCGUAAAGUUUGCCGUCCUUGAUCGUAUGGACGAUGCUACCAACGUUGGUGAGCCUCUAUUCAUGGACGUGCUCGGCUCCUUUCAGUCAGAAGAGUGGCAGAAGAAACUUGUGCCCUUGGUUAUUGGUGGAAAGUAUGCUUACAACGUCAGUGAGUCAGUGUUUGAUGUCGUCACCGCACGCACUUUGGUCGAAGAUCUUACUGCUGAUAAACUGCAAAAUGGCUUCGUUGUUGCCUCUCCAGCUGCCGUCGAGAAUUGUAACGCGAAGACGACGACGACUGCGCAGCGUGUAAACUCGUACGUGUCGUCCAAGGAUGGCUUUGAGGGUCCUUACGUGAAAAUGCUGCUGCAGCUGUUCGAAAAACGUGCUGUGAUUGCGAACUUGGUACGCUCGGAGACCAUAUGGAAAGCUCAAGAUCAAAGCAUAGGCGACAACGCUGUCCUCGAGAAUGGCGAGUUUGGUUUCGGUGUUCACCUCGGCAUUCUAGCGAAGCGGCAGGAGCUUAAAGAUAAGGUGAAGACGGUUGUUACCGAUGACAACGCCAAGGGCAUUGUAUCCCAGCGUCUGCUUGAGUGCCUCGUACAUUGGUUCGAGAAGCAGCCGAAGCACGAUGAACUGGCCAGCGAGAUUACGAUUCUUCUCGAGAAUGAGCAGCAACAGAGCGAUAUUCUCGCGGAGAUUUCCGCUCUGAAGCAAUACUUCGCGCCUCUAAGCCAGUGGAUUAUUGGCAGCGAGGAAUUCUCGCGCGAUGUUGGCACUUCGGGUGUGCACCAGGUGCUUGCUAGCGGUGAGAAUGUAAACCUUCUUAUCCUCGAUACGGAACCUAUGAACGCAGUCUCCAAGAACAACCGCAAGCGUGACCUGGGUCUGUACGCGAUGCAGUAUGGCAACGCUUACGUUGCCUCGGUUGCGCUCUACGAUUCAUACUCACAGGUUCUGCGUGCGUUAAACGAGGCUGACGCUUUUGAUGGUCCGUCGAUCGUGCUUGCAUACGCUCCAAGCUCUAGUAACAUGGAACAGGAAACGAAAGAGGCUGUGGCUAGCGGCUAUUGGCCAUUGUACCGCUAUAACCCUACUUUGGAAGAUGUAGAAGGCGAGAAGGCAUUCUCUUUGGAGUCACCGAAUAUUAAGAAGGAGCUGUUGACGUUCCUACAGCGCAACAACCAGCUGAGUCUGUUUGCUAAGCAGGCACUGACUGCCCCGACGGUUGCCUCGGCCACAGAGAAGUAUGAGCAAAUCGGGCAGCAUGCGCUGAAGACAAGCUUCGAAGCUCUUCUGAAUGGCAUCGGCGGUCAGCACCAAGAGCCGUGGCAAAUUAACACAAAGCUAUGGCUUCUCGUUGGAUCGGACAACGGCCACGCCGACGAGUUUGCUUCGAAGCUAGCGGAGGAUGCCCUCAACUUUGGUCUGAAGAAUGUUGAAAAGAUGGACAUGAACGAAAUGACUAUUGAUCAGCUGUUGGACGAAGCCAAUGACGAAAACACCUACGUCGUAUUUGUCUGUUCGACUGCCGGCCAGGGUGAGUUCCCGAGCAACGGAAAGAAGUUUUGGGGCGAACUUUCAGACUUUAGUUCAACGCUUCCGCUGCAGUUCGCAGUAUUCGGUAUGGGUGACAGCCUGUACUGGCCUCGCGAAGACGAGAAGCACUACUUUUGCAAGGCCCCCGCAGACCUCGAUGCUAAGCUAAGUGAGCUUGGAGCCAAGCGCAUUGUUGACUUGGCCAAGGGCGAUGACCAAGACGAAGACGGCCCGAUGACUGUGUUCGAGGCUUGGAAGCCGCAGUUGUGGGAGCAGAUUGGCAUUCCCGUGGGUGUUGUGAGUUUGCACCAGGGCACAAAGAAGAAACAGCGGACGAACGAGGAAAUCAAGAAGGAGAGUAACUACUUGCGAGGGACAUUGGUGGAAGGACUUGAAGACCGUACAACGAAGGCUCUACCUGCUGACGACACGCAGCUCACCAAGUUUCACGGUAUCUAUCAGCAGGAUGACCGCGAUUUGCGUGAACAGAUGCGUCUAGAAAAGGUAGAAAAAGCGUUCUCGUUUAUGAUUCGUGUGCGUGUUCCCGGUGGAGUGUCGACUGCAGCGCAGUACCUGAUGGUAGAUCAGCUUGCGGACUCCCACGCCAACGGUAACAUUAAAUUGUCGACUCGCCAGGCAUACCAGCUACAAGGUAUUCUCAAAUGGAACCUAAAACCUGUCGUGCAGGGCAUAAAUCAAGUGCUGAUGGACUCGUUGGCAGCUUGCGGUGAUGUAAAUCGUAACGUGAUGGUCACUGUCAACCCGUCGUGCUCUGUGGAAACACACCAGGAGAUCCUGAAUGUGGCGCGUGACAUUUCAGCCCACUUGAGCCCGAAAACGAGCGCGUACCACGAGAUCUGGCUGGACAAGAAGAUGGUGGCUGGUGGUGAGGUGAAGGAUUUCGAGCCGUUUUACGGCGAAGCGUAUUUACCUCGCAAGUUCAAGAUUGCUAUAGCUAUUCCUCCGUCAAACGACGUGGAUGUGUUUGCAAACUGCUUGGGUUUCAUUGCCAUUCUUAAAAAGGACAAAUUAGUCGGGUUUAACGUGAGCGUGGGCGGUGGUAUGGGUAUGACUCACAACAACAACAAGACGUUCCCUCGUGUGGGCGAUGUGAUGGCGUUCUGCACGGUAGAUCAGGCAAAGGAUGUGGCGGAGAAAAUCAUGGUGCUACAACGCGACUUCGGUGACCGUGUCAAUCGCAAGCACGCUCGGUUCAAAUACACGGUCGAGGACCAUGGUCUCGAGUGGAUUCGCACUGAAAUCGAGAAACGCCUUGGCUACAAGCUGAUGGACCCGCACAAACACAACUUGGUCUCAAACGGCGACCGCUACGGCUGGAUCAAGAACUCGAACGGCAAGUACCACUACGGAUUGUUCGUCGAAGGUGGUCGUAUCAAGGACUCCAAGGUGACCAGUAUCCGUACUGGUCUUCGUGAGCUGGCCAAAGCUUUACCGCACGUUAAGUUCCACCUCACUGGUAACCAAAAUUUGAGCUUAGGCAACAUCGCUGAGGAGGAGAUCCCGCAGAUCAAGGCAUUUAUGGAGACGUACAAGUUCGGUAACGACAACUACUCGGGUAUGCGUCUAAACUCGAUUGCCUGUGCUGCUCUUCCAAUGUGUGGUCUCGCCUUUGCUGAGGCCGAGCGCUACCUGCCGUCGCUUGUCACCAAGAUCGAGGAUAUACUGGAGACGAACGGAUUGCGCGACGACGCGAUCGUGAUCCGCAUGACUGGUUGCCCCAACGGUUGUGCACGUCCCUACUUGGGCGAAAUUGGUUUCGUAGGUCGCUCCCCGGGAAUCUAUAACAUGUACCUCGGUGCGGGUUUCGCUGGGGAUCGUCUCAACAAGCUUUACAAGGAGGCCUUAGACGAAGCGCAGAUUCUGGAAGAGCUCGAACCCAUUAUCAAAGACUAUGCCGAAAACCGCAACGAGGGCGAGAAAUUCGGUGAUUUUGUUAUCCGUGCCGAUUACGUAAAGGCCUGUUUAGCCGCCCCACUCGUGGAGAACCGUGCUGCUGGCGAGACCUUUCACGCGUGA